AUGACUUCAGCUCUGAGUAAACGCCAACAGGCACGCAAUGAGAGAGCCCUGCAGGAAUUGAUUACAACGGUUCCCGGCAAUGAGCGGUGUGUUGACUGUCAAGCGAGGAAUCCAGGAUGGGCUAGCUGGAAUCUGGGCGUGUUCCUGUGCAUGCGAUGCGCUGCGCUGCACCGCAAGUUGGGCACGCAUAUAUCAAAGGUGAAAUCGUUGAGCAUGGAUAGCUGGUCAUCAGAUCAGGUGGAUAAUAUGAGAAAAAAUGGCAACCUCGUUGUGAACAAAAUAUACAACCCGAGAAACGUCAAACCUCCUAUCCCAAUUGAUGUAGACGAGGCUGACUCUGCAAUGGAGAGGUUCAUCCGCCAAAAAUAUGAAUCGAAGGUAUUGGAGGAUGGACGACCAAAGCCCCCCAGCCGACAUGACCCCAGCUACACCUCCACGAAAGCACGUGUAGAGUCGCCUCCACCUCUACCUCCAAAAACGGGAAGGCGGUUUGGUUUUGGUCUGCGGUCCGCCCCUUUUUACAGCACCUCCGCCCAAUCAGAACAAAUAUCUCCUCAAGUUGACUACACCUUUUCGUCAAACAGACAAUCUAGAAGCUUUGGAGCCAGCGUUGUUGAUAGAGGUGGAACAUUCGAGUCAAAACUAGAGGCGUUACGAGAAUUGGGAUUUCCAGAUAACAAGCGCAAUGCGACGAUCCUGAAAGGGAUGAAUGGGAAUAUGGAUAAAACUAUCGAGUCAUUGGUUAGGCUGGGAGAAGGGGUUGAUCCUCGUCCAAGAACCCGGGCUCCGGUCCCGAAGUCGACACCUACGAGUUCGCAAUUCUCAGAGCCAACAAAAAGCGCCAAGUCCGCCGUAUCCACUAAUCCAUUUGAAAAUCUGGAUUCUGCUCCGUCGCGUGCAAGAUCUAGCUAUGCGGGUAGUCAGGUUGAACCGCAACGCCACAACGCCAACGGUGGCACAUCCUACAAUCCCUUUGAUUCUCUAUCGCAACCCGCUCCAUCACAAUCCACCUUGUCUUUAGACCAGUCCUUCCAACAACUCCAGGUGUCACAGCCUUUAUUCCCAAAUACUACAGGCGGAUACCCGAGUCAACAAGGGCAGUUGCCGUUGCAGAGAUAUCAGCAAUCUAUGACACCCCCAGUCACCAUGUUACCACAAAACGUGCUUACUGCAUCGCCAAUGCCCAUGAACGACAAUUAUAAUCCAUUCUUCCAAAAUGAUCAGGUUCCGCAGCAAAAUACAACCAAUAACUCCUAUUUGGGCCAGUCACAGAGUCUUUCACCCACCAAUCCAUUUUUCAGUACGGCUGGUCAAAUCCAAGUUCCUCAGUCGCAAAUUCCUGCCUCGGCCUACAGCCCUGGCAAUUCCAAUCAAACUGAAAUGCCGCAAUUUCAACGUUUCAACACCAUGCCAAUCCUUCCCCUGCGAUCCCAAUUCUCGCAGCAACAAGAGCAGCCACAGCAGCAGCCUGUACCGCCUCCGCAACAACCGCAACAACUGCAGCAACAUUUCAUCCAGCAAGACCAUCAAGGACCCUAUAAUCCUUUCGCCACUUCAGCUGUCGCACCGAUGCCACCCUACCAACCUCAAUUCACCCCUGGGACGCAACAAUUUCCCAUCCCCCAACAAACGGGCAAAAUCGACAAAACCAGCAUCCUCGCGCUAUACAAUUUCUCUCAACCCCCACCCACAAUCCCCGAAAAACCCUUACAACAAUCAACCCCUGAUCUCUCCACCGCCGACCCCACGCAACCCCAAUUCCAAACCCAGCCCCCCACAGGCAUCCCCGUACAACAACAAAACCCUAGUUCACUCCUCAACCCCUCCCAGUCCACGAACAGGAACCCAUAUCACAUCGUCCCUCCAAACCCCAUCACAAAUGGCAUGGCCACUACAUCUGUACCUUCCAUGCCCCUUUCCCAAGCCGUAAUGGGCGCGAAAUCGCAAAUGGGAAAUACACCUGCGGGAGGUGGAGGUGGAGGAGGGGGUGGUGGAGUAGGAAUUGCGGGGAGAGGAACUGGAAAUCCGUUCCCUGCAAGAUCACAUAUGAGUCAGGCGAGUGUGGAUAUUGGCGGCAUGCAGAAUGGUCGACAUAGUCCGGAUAUAUUUGCGAGUUUGAGUUCGAGGUAUGUGCAGUGA